GAGCAGCUUCCAGGAGCAGAUGGUUUACCCGGACUCCUGGGACCAUGCUUAUGCUUCCGUUCCGGUUCAGCGGUGGAGGUGACGGUGGCUCCAAAGGCCCCAUGGUGUCAGCUCAGGAGUCCCAAGCUCAAGCCAUCCUACAACAGGCCAGGCUGGCACUGAGAGGACCAGCUGGCCCAAUGGGACUUACUGGGAGGCCAGGACCCAUGGGCCCUCCGGGUGGCGGAGGAAUCAAAGGCGAACCAGGAGACAUGGGGCCUCAGGGUCCACGAGGUGUUCAGGGCCCUCCAGGUCCAUCGGGAAAGCCAGGACGUCGGGGACGUGCCGGCAGCGAUGGUGCCAGAGGGAUGCCAGGCCAGACAGGACCAAAGGGUGACCGUGGAUUUGAUGGCUUGGCUGGAUUACCUGGGGAGAAAGGCCACAGGGGUGACCCAGGCCCUUCUGGUCCUCCAGGAGCUCCAGGUGAAGAUGGGGAGAGGGGAGACGAUGGAGAAGUCGGACCAAGAGGUCUCCCUGGCGAACCUGGCCCCCGUGGUUUGCUGGGACCAAAAGGACCUCCGGGACCCCCUGGACCUCCGGGCAUCGGAGGCAUGGAUGGACAAACUGGCCCCAAGGGGAAUGUGGGUCCUCAAGGAGAACCUGGACCACCAGGUCAACAGGGAAAUCCAGGCGCUCAGGGUCUCCCAGGUCCUCAAGGUCCGAUUGGUCCACCAGGAGACAAAGGACCUCUAGGGAAACCUGGUCUUCCUGGCAUGCCUGGCGCGGAUGGUCCCCCGGGUCAUCCUGGAAAAGAAGGUCCUCCUGGUGAGAAGGGAAGUCAGGGACCUGCCGGCCCUCAGGGUCCAAUCGGAUAUCCUGGACCACGUGGUGUCAAGGGAGCUGAUGGUGUCCGUGGCUUGAAAGGAACAAAGGGCGAGAAGGGUGAAGAUGGCUUCCCAGGCUUCAAAGGUGACAUGGGCAUUAAAGGAGACAGGGGUGAAAUUGGCCCUCCUGGUCCACGGGGUGAAGAUGGCCCAGAAGGUCCAAAAGGUCGCGGUGGUCCCAAUGGAGAACCUGGCCCAUUAGGUCCUUCUGGAGAAAAGGGAAAGCUUGGAGUUCCUGGUUUGCCUGGUUACCCUGGAAGGAUAGGUCCAAAGGGAUCCACUGGAUUUCCAGGGUUUCCAGGAGCCAAUGGAGAGAAAGGCACAAGGGGCACCCCCGGUAAACCUGGACCACGAGGGCAACGAGGCCCGACGGGUCCCCGAGGAGAACGAGGGCAGCGAGGGAUCACUGGGAAACCUGGACCAAAGGGUAACUCUGGUGGCGAUGGCCCUCCAGGUCCUCCAGGAGAAAGGGGUCCUCCAGGACCUCAAGGCCCUACUGGAUUUCCAGGACCAAAAGGCCCCCCGGGUCCACCAGGAAAAGACGGACUGCCAGGUCACCCUGGGCAGAGAGGUGAAACUGGCUUCCAAGGCAAGACUGGUCCCCCUGGACCUCCAGGAGUUGUGGGUCCUCAGGGUCCUACUGGAGAAACUGGGCCAAUGGGUGAACGUGGCCACCCUGGUCCUCCUGGGCCUCCAGGUGAACAGGGACUUCCAGGGCUGGCCGGAAAGGAAGGCACAAAGGGUGAUCCAGGACCUGCAGGUCUUCCUGGGAAAGAUGGUCCAGCUGGUUUGAGAGGGUUCCCCGGAGACAGAGGCAUGCCUGGUCCAAUUGGACCUGUGGGACUGAAGGGCAACGAAGGGCCACCAGGUCCCCCUGGGCCAGCGGGUUCUCCUGGUGAAAGAGGUCCCGCUGGAUCAGCUGGUCCAAUUGGUCUACCUGGGAGACCUGGACCCCAAGGACCACCAGGCCCUGCUGGUGAAAAAGGAGCCCCGGGUGAGAAAGGCCCUCAAGGUCCAGCCGGUCGUGAUGGCAUCCAAGGACCAGUUGGCCUCCCAGGCCCCGCAGGUCCUGUCGGCCCACCAGGGGAAGAUGGAGACAAGGGUGAAAUCGGUGAACCAGGACAGAAAGGGAGCAAAGGCGACAAAGGAGAACAGGGUCCACCAGGUCCUACUGGUCCACAAGGCCAGAUUGGCCAACCAGGCCCAGCAGGAGCUGAUGGUGAGCCUGGUCCUCGAGGACAACAAGGUCUCUUUGGUCAGAAAGGUGACGAAGGACCAAGAGGUUUCCCAGGACCCCCAGGCCCAGUUGGACUGCAGGGUUUACCUGGACCUCCUGGUGAGAAGGGAGAAACGGGUGAUGUUGGCCAAAUGGGUCCUCCAGGUCCUCCGGGGCCACGAGGUCCAUCUGGGUCCCCAGGUGCUGAUGGGCCACAAGGUCCAUCAGGUGGCAUUGGAAAUCCUGGAUCUGUUGGUGAGAAGGGUGAACCUGGUGAAUCUGGAGAACCUGGGCUACCUGGAGAUUCUGGACCUCCAGGCCCUAAAGGAGAAAGAGGAGAAAAAGGUGAAUCAGGUCCUUCAGGGGCAGCUGGUCCUCCUGGCCCCAAAGGUCCUCCAGGUGAUGAUGGCCCCAAAGGUAGCCCUGGCCCAGUUGGCUUCCCUGGUGAUCCAGGUCCUCCUGGCGAACCCGGUCCAGCUGGUCAAGAUGGUCCACCAGGUGAUAAAGGUGAUGAUGGCGAAUCUGGGCAGACAGGCUCCCCUGGUCCAACUGGAGAGCCUGGUCCUUCAGGUCCACCAGGGAAAAGAGGACCUCCUGGGCCAGCAGGUCCUGAAGGCCGGCAGGGAGAGAAAGGUGCCAAGGGUGAGGGUGGCUUGGAAGGUCCACCCGGGAAGACAGGUCCUGUGGGCCCUCAGGGGCCUCCAGGGAAACCUGGUCCAGAUGGACUUCGAGGAAUACCUGGCCCAGUUGGUGAACAAGGACUUCCAGGUGCACCAGGCCCAGAUGGACCUCCAGGUCCAAUGGGUCCACCCGGUUUACCUGGGUUGAAAGGCGAUUCGGGUCCAAAGGGAGAAAAGGGUCAUCCAGGUUUGAUUGGUCUGAUUGGGCCUCCUGGUGAGCAAGGAGAAAAGGGAGACCGAGGCCUGCCAGGUCCUCAAGGGGGAUCAGGACCUAAAGGAGAACAGGGUAUUCCAGGUCCUUCCGGUCCAAUUGGUCCUCCUGGUCCACCAGGACUACCGGGUCCUCCCGGUACAAAAGGUGCUAAAGGAUCAUUGGGUCCAACAGGUCCAAAGGGUGAAAUGGGCCAUCCUGGUCCACCAGGGCCUCCUGGUCCUCCCGGGGAAGUGAUCCAACCUCUUCCCAUCCAUUCCUCGAAGCGGACCCGGAGGAACAUCGAUGCCAGCCAGUUGGUUGAUGAUGCUGCCAACACUGACAACUACAUGGACUAUGCUGAUGGCAUGGAAGAGAUCUUUGGGUCCCUAAACUCUUUGAAACUGGAAAUUGAGCAGAUGAAACAUCCCUUGGGCACUCAGCACAAUCCGGCACGCACCUGCAAAGAUCUCCAACUUUGUCAUCCAGACUUCCCAGAUGGUGAAUACUGGGUAGAUCCUAACCAAGGCUGUUCCAGGGAUUCCUUCAAAGUUUACUGUAACUUUACAGCUGGCGGUGAAACUUGCAUUUUCCCAGAUAAGAAAUCAGAAGGAGCUAGAAUUACUUCAUGGCCAAAGGAAAACCCAGGCUCCUGGUUCAGUGAAUUCAAGCGUGGUAAACUGCUCUCCUACGUUGAUUCGGAGGGCAACCCCAUUGGAGUGGUACAGAUGACUUUCCUGAGGCUCCUGAGUGCUUCUGCCCACCAAAAUGUCACCUACAACUGCUUCCAGUCUGUGGCAUGGCAUGAUGCCACUGCCGGCAACUACGACAAGGCCAUCCGUUUCCUGGGCUCCAAUGACGAAGAGAUGUCCUACGACAACAAUCCUUUCAUCAGGGCUGUCCUUGACGGUUGUGCAGCAAAGAAGGGCUAUCAGAAGACCAUCUUAGAAAUCGACACUCCUAAAGUGGAGCAAGUCCCCAUUGUCGACAUCAUGUUCAAUGACUUUGGAGAAGCAUCCCAGAAGUUUGGGUUCGAGGUGGGACCGGCUUGCUUCAUGGGCUAAAAUUGCCACUCGGAAAACUAGUCUCCAAAUGAGCAACCUCGUAACCUCAUUGUGCCUUCUAAUUUUUGGCUACGUUUUUUGUCACCGUCACGUGCACGUUUUGAAACUGGACAGUUUUGAUGGGUUUAUUGUCUUAUUUGUUUUUUUCCUUCCUGUUUUGCCGGAGACCCGACACUGCCGGGGGACACCAAACAAGCCAAAGCCUUCUCGUCGGAGACGGAAACUGUUCCCGUGGCAGACUGCUCCCAUCCCAGAAUCACAUGACCUAAAAUUGUAAUCCGUUGUCCAAAAAACGACCUCUUCUGACAUACUCUCCCUCUUUCUAUGCAUCUUCUUUGAGACCACUGAAGGGCUCAUCUUCCUGUGCUUGAAUGUAUGGCUGUUCCUCUCCAUCAGAAAUACUUUGACCAUAAAACAUGACCGGUGUUAGCUUUUGUCGUAAUUCUCAACAGCCUCGCCGAAAUUCUCGGCGGAAGAGGUUCCACUGAUUUAGAGAGCGUCCCAUUUCUGGAAGGUUCUGGAAAUGUCAUGGAGAAACAUCUGCCACGCAUCGUCCAGCCACUCUUUGGUGAACGUGGACUAAAGACGCCCAAGAACCUUCCUAGUUAGGAUUCUAUGUCUUCAACUGGGGUUUCAAUCAGAACCCAUGUGGAAUAUCCCCCACCCAAAGUUUGGGUAUUUCGAUUUUUAAACAUGCUUAGAUGAUCAAAGUAACAACUGAAAUCAAUUACACCUUUCAAAAAAAAGGCCAGGUUCUGACUGUAUACCCCAUAUGAUAAAGGUGCUUCUAUUUUUGUAUUUUGUAAGUAAAUAUUUGUAUAUUAUUAUAUUAAAUAUAAAAUGUUUCUGGGUUCAAAACAUGCAUGUGACUCACCCCCAUGUUCCCUGUCGGUAAUUUAAUGAGCAGUCAUUUUUCCGAAUAUCCAAUAUGCCACCACCAAAAGAUUGAAUGUUUGCAGCCUUAUGUGAUGCAUAACAGAAGUUCCACUAAAGUCCAAUCGGUUUUACGUCUCCAAGUACACAUGCCCUAACAACGUAAUACUUUGCUAAUGUUGUUCUGAAAGGAAACAAUGAGUAAUUUUAGCAAUUUACUUCCCAAUUCUGGAAAUUGUGCAGUUUUUGAAGACUAUUCACUGUCUAGGACUUAUUUGUACAAAAUUCACACCUGGUAUUUUUGUGCAGAAAAUGAACCCGCAUGCAAAUUUUGCACAAAAUAAGCCCCAAACCACCAAGAUACUUUUCAAUCCAGGUUUCUCCUGCUCACAGUUUCCUGACAUCAUUUUCCAAAUCAUUUUUUGAAUGUUCUUUCCAUCCCUAGCAGAAAGGAAAAUAGUUUUUCUAAGGAAGAGACUUCCUGUGUGAGAAAGUCUUUGGAAACUUGCAGUUUUUGAGGACCAUUUGCAGUUGGGGUUGUCACUUUAGGACAGUGGUUCUCACCCUUCCUAAUGCCGCAACCCUUUAAUUCCGAUGGUCUUGGUUCCUAAGACCAUCAGAAAUAUGUGUUUUCCGAUGGUCUUAGUCGACCCCUGCGAAAAGUCGUUCAACCUCCAAAGGGGCCACGACCUAUAGGUUGGGAACCACUGCCUUGCAACAAGCAAAUCCUUCCAAACAGUGUCAAAAGGGAAAUUCCUUUUUGGGAUCCAAACAACAAAGCAUUUACGCUUGCAUAGUUGUGACGACCAAGACAAACCUGAAGCAUGUCUCCAAAGAAACGAAAAACACAGAGGAAUGUGAGAAUAGUUUUUUAACCAAACUCAUUCAUGGACCAUUUUAGGGAGGGAAGGAUCUUGCUGCAAAAUACACCAACAUUUUAUUUUUUAAGGGUUGUUUUUUUUCUCCUAGCACAGGUUUGAGGUCAGCUCUGUCACUUUUUUCUGCCUUCACUUGAUUCCAUGUACAGGUCGGUUAUUUUUUUUAAUGCCUUUAACAAAGAACAUUAUUCUUUUCAGACUUCCAUUUCCACUGGAGAAUUGCAUUAUGGCAGGGACAUCCAUUCUAAAUGGAUUCUCUUUUAAAAUAAUAAUAAUAAAUAAGGAAUUAAAAACCCAGGUGCUUAUAUUUUUUAUGAUUUACAGUUCUCUCUGUUGGUGCUAUAUAUUUGAAUGACAACACUGGCGGUUCCCUGCCAUCAACCUGCCUUCAAAGCUCUUUGCAUUUCAGUCCAGUGGAGCACCUUUCUAAGACCCUAAUCCCUUGUUUUAAUAGAAUUACAUGCCAACUUGAUCAUACUCCAUAUGUAGACCUGCUGCUUCUGUCAUUUGCAUUAUGGUGCCUUUGAUGACCCAUGCAGAAAGUAUUAAAACUGUGUUUACUUGUGAGUGUGCAUUUAUGUGUGGGUGUGUUUAAGGAGAGGGGUUUUUUACCAUUGUUUCCCCCUUUGUAACCCAUAGGAUAUUCUUGCAUUUCAUAUGACGAUCAUUAUUGGCAGAUCUGUAUUUCAUUGCAGACUAUUUGUGGUGCUAAUUUAUGUGUUUGUUCAAUGUUCUGUAGUCAGGAUUGGAGGACCACCAGCUUUUUAGACCAAGAAGGCCUUUCUCUUAAGGCCAUGGAGGAAAGGUGCUUGUAGCAACUCAACCAUUCCAUGCAAAACAUCAGUUUUCUCCAUAGUUUGUCUCCACCGUCUUCCCAAAUGGAUGAGAGGGAGAGAGGGAGAAGGUGCAAUCCACUCACAGCUAAGAUCCAUAUCCAAGAAAGCAGGUGUAUUUUGUAAAGGAAAGACAUCACAAUCACUGUGAAUCAGAGCCUUCAUAUGAUGUCUGUCCCCACUGCUCUCUUGGCAAAGUAUCUCAUCCAUGAAAGAGAAAUUGCAGAAGUGAAAGUCUUGGGGUUUCGGGGGGUACUUCCUCAUUGGAAACUACCACAUGCUAGCAGAUCCCACCUGGGUUUGUGUUGUGUUUCUUGGGUUCUGCUCAUGUCUUUUUUGCUUUCUAAUUGAUUGGAAUAUAUAUAUAUAUAUAUAUAUAUAUAUAUAUAUAUUCUUAAACAGUGGUUUCAAAGUUAUAUACCAGGGAAUGCUAGACUAUACAUCAAAGACUCCAAGUUGGAAGGAAUACUAGUGAUGGGUCAGGUAGCCUUGAAGGACAGAACCGCCAUCUGUAUUAGAGGUUCCCUCUAUAGCAAGGAGGUGUUAGUGGUGGAAACAACCACUGCGAACAACAACUACAACAACCUUCUCUAUUUUCUUGAGAUAUGUUCAUUUAGUGGUCAGGGAACUCCUUUCCUGCUUAGGUUGCACUUCCAUUCACACGUGUCAGUGAUGUGAACAUGCCUACUCUGCCGCUUACAUAAACUGAGUUUACACCUUCAACUAUGCCCCAGAUUCUUCUUCCAUGGCAAACAUUCAGGGAACAUUUCUGACAAUGAAUCAAUACAAAACAGAUUUCCUGAAGGUAGAAACUUUGAACCCCACUGUGUUAGAACAUCACACACAGCAAUGAAGCCAUUUGAGAACAGCAUGCGUUGCACUAGUUCGUCUUCCAUUUGUUGUAGAAAUUCUGGAAAGUGCCACCAAAGAUUGAAUGUGUGGAUCUGCAAAAAAGAAACACCAGCUCCUACCUAUGGAAGGAGAGACAUAAGAAACAGCGUAACUUAGGUCAUGUGAUUCUGUUCUGGUCAUUUCUUGUUCAAGGGAUCUUUUGUUUUCUAUUUUAUUUUAUUUUUUUGUUUGGUGCUUCUGUCAAAAAACAAAACAAAAACCAAUCCUACCAAGUGUUGUAAAAUUGUACUGAAGUUUAUUUCAACCUUGUCCCAAUUUUCUCUCUCUCUCUUCUCCCAGACCACUUAGCUAUGGUAUAUUGCAAUAAAAAUUACUUAUUGUAUUUGCAGACAUUAUCUUUCUGUCUAAUUUUAUCCCCUUUCCCUUCUCAGUAUGACUUGAAAAAAAAUGUUGAUGAGAAAAUAAAGGCAUUAAAGCAAAGGUUCAGAUGCAUAGACCACUCCCCAUUUUCAAAUGUGUGCAUUGUGUAUAUGUGUAUAUAUGCACACAGACACAUGUGCACAUGCAUACACACACAGCCAAGUAACCUAUUCAUCCAUAUUCUAGUUGAAUAUGUCAGUGCCCCCUGCAAGGUAUUUUUUUUAAGAAGGAAAAAAAAUUAAACCUGUGUAAUAAAGGCAUAAAUGUAAUAGAUCUUUUUCAAUAAAUCGAGUUUACUGU